UAAUUAGUACUAGCUUUCUAUGCAUGCAUGACCAGUCAUGAUGGGAGGCUAAAGCGACAAUAUUUUCAUUUCUAAAUUGUCUGGAAAGCCUCCGUUGGCGCUGCUUGUUUCUUGAAUUCCUGCCCAGCUAUAUAUUAAACUUUUUCUAGAAUACCAAUGAGAUUUUAACUCGAAAUUUUAAAUUUUAGAACUGAUUCUAAUACCAUGGUAUAUUAUAUAACUUUAUUUAUCACUCUUAAGAUCAUACAAUCAACCUAACAGUUGUCUACAAAUUAUUUAUAUUUCUUUGAUAUUUUUAACCCUUCUUUUUAGUUGGGUAACGGUGGAAGUAAUUAAGAUUGAUGUUGCCAUGUUUUCUCCUAUAAAAGCUAACCACCAGGAGCUGCUUCUCAAAUGAAAAUUGUCAAAUAGUCUAGAAUGGCUACAGUUCCAGCAAGAGAUAAGUACAGGUCUUUCCUGCAUGAUGAACCAGAUAGUGUUCAAUGGCGACAUGGUGGCCCUCCAACAUAUGAUGCUGUGAAUCAGCUCUUUGAAGAAGGCCGAACCAAGGAAUGGGCAGAAGGAUCACUUGAAGAAACAGUGCAAAAUGCUAUAAAGUCAUGGGAGAUGGAAAUUUCCCACAAGGUUCGCUUGCAAGACGUCAAGUCCAUUAACCCUGAAAAAUUCAAGCUCAUCGUUAAUGGAAGAGAAGGAUUGACAGGAGAAGAGACAAUGAAACUUGGGACUUACAAUGCACUAUUAAAGAAUUCUCUACCGAAGGAGUUCCAAUACUACAAAGCAGAUGAAGAAACCUUUGAAUCAUCUCAUGAAGUUUUUCGUUCAGCUUUUCCGCGUGGAUUUGCAUGGGAAAUCAUCAGUGUUUACUCUGGACCUCCUGUAAUUGCUUUCAAGUACAGGCAUUGGGGUUUCUUUGAGGGUCCUUUUAGGGGACAUGCCCCAACCGGAGAGAAGGUUGAAUUCUAUGGGUUGGGAACUGUUAAGGUUGAUGAAUCUCUCAAGGUAGAAGAAGUUGAGAUUUACUAUGACCCUGCAGAGCUAUUUGCUGGCCUAUUGAAAGGUCCAUCAAUCUCAGAAUCAGAAACUGGCCAUGAGACUUCACCUACUGAUCAUGGCUGCCCGUUCCAAAACUAAAUUAAUAUGCAUUUCCGAGAGCUUUCCUGUGCUUCAAUUAGUGCCGUAUAGGCAGCAUUUGCUUUGUCAACAUCAGCUUUUUAUCUAUUUAUAUUGUCGUCAUCUACAUCUACUGUAAUAAAGCACUAUCUUAAACAAUAAUCCUUAUAUAUUGUGUCUUAUCUGUUUGUUUAUUAUAAUGAAGCAUCAACAUCCCUACACAAUGCAUACCACUAUCUAUGCACUUUAUAUAAAACUUUUAGAGCUCUUUCCAAGGGUCCAACUUCAAGAAUCAUAAAAAAGCCACUGAAAAUGGGCUAUAGAUGCCCCCACGCCCAUUCUAAAUUUUAAACACAAAAUGAAUCCG